AUGAUUACUCUACUUAUCUCCGAUGUGGUGUGCCCGGAACCCACUCUCAAGUCGCCCCAAUCUCCUUCAGGAGGCUCAAGUUAUGCGAGUGAUAGAAAUGCUGAUGCCUGGAGUGGAUUCGGGCGCCACGACAGGGGAACUUUGGUUGCGAUUGGGCCGCUUCAGUCUGCGGGAAGACCAUCAUCUCGCAUGGCCAAGCUCAAGUCAUUGGCAACACUGCUUGCCACCACUUGUAUUGGUGUUGCAAUCGCAUCGCCGACGCCCCAGCCUGCACUUGGCCCGCGCCAGUCUCAAAGCAGUUUCUGGUACGCCAAUAUCGACCACACAUCGGCUAAUGUGCGCGGCUUCGCGCCCGAUCUCGAUGGCGAUUACAACUAUGAGGUGUUCCGGGCUGUCACCCCCGGUGAUGGCGCCGGUAUCCAGACGGCCAUCAACGCUGCCACUAAUGGUAACACCCGACAUGGCCAAUGGUUUGCUAGCCAGCCGCGGGUUGUCUAUAUCCCGCCUGGGGAGUACGUCAUCACAGAAACCAUCAAGAUGAAUACGGACACCAUCAUUAUGGGCGAUGCUACCAAUGUGAGAGAAUUACCGCAACCAGAGGACCCAGACCCGACGACCGGCAUCUCGGGCGAGCUAUCCUUUGCCGUCAGCCUCAAGAACAUUGUCCUCGAUACCACCAACGUUCCCAGGGACGCACCUUUCGUCGCCCUCUGGUGGGGUGUAGCCCAGGCUGCCCAUCUCCAAAACGUCAAGAUCCGUAUGCCCAACUCGAGCAAUGGCGCGGGCCACUCUGGCAUGCGCCUGGGUCGGGGAUCUACUCUGAGCGUGUCGGACGUGCGCAUCGAAGGUGGUCAGAACGGCAUCUGGUACAACGGCCACCAACAGGCCGUGUUCAAGAGCAUCAGCUUCUAUCAAAACACUGUGGGCAUGCUCAUCGACGGUGGCAGCACCAUAAGCAUCAUCAACCCGACCUUCGACACCGUCGGCACUGCCGUCCUCAACACCGGCGGCUCGCCCUGGAUCGCCCUCAUCGACGCCAAAUCCAUCAACUCCGGCGUGACCUUCAAAACCACCUCCUGGCCCAGCUACCUAAUCGAAAACCUCGACAAAGACACCCUCCACACCAACAUCGCCGAAGGCCCCGGCGACUUCACCCUCCCGGCGCAAUCCCACAUCUCGCAAUUCACCUACGGCAAUACCGUCAACCGCAACCCCAUCUACGGGCCCACCACCUCCCCGCUCUCCCGCCCCUCGGCCCUCGCCCCCUCCGGUCGCUACCCGGCCCUCCCGGCCCCCAACUACGCCUCCACCCCGGUGACCUCCUUUCUCAACGUGAAAGACCCGGCCCAAAACGGCGGUCGCACCAUCCUCGGCGACAACACCAAGGACGAGGCCGCCGCCCUCAACGCCAUCCUCCAGCUGGCCGCCAGCCAGUCCAAGAUCGCCUACUUCCCCUUUGGCAAGUACCGCGUCGAGUCGACCCUCCUGGUCCCGCGUGGCAGCCGCAUCGUCGGCGAGGCCUGGGCGACGAUUGUGGGGAGGGGGUCGUACUUCAAGGAUGUGAGCAACCCGAAGCCGGUGGUCCAGGUCGGCCAGCCGGGUGAUGUCGGCGUGGCACAGAUUCAGGAUAUGAGGGUGACGGUGGGGGAUGUGUUACCGGGCGCGAUUCUGAUGCAGUUCCAUAUGGCGGGCGCGAAGCCGGGGGAUGUGGCGGUGUGGAAUAGUCUGGUGACGGUGGGCGGGACGAGGGGCGCGUCGGCGCUGACGAAUGCGUGCCGGGAUGCGGCGGCGCAGUGCAAGGCGGCGUUUUUGGGGAUGCAUUUUGCGAAGACGUCGUCCGUGUAUGUGGAGAAUGUGUGGAACUGGGUGGCUGACCAUGUUGCGGAGGACUUUGAUGGUGGCAGCAGCUUCGCGGCUGGGAGGGGUGCGUUGGUGGAGGCGACCAAGGGGACUUGGUUGCAUGGUCUGGGGUCGGAGCACUGGUGGCUAUAUCAGCUGAACUUCCGGAAGGCGGAGAAUGUGCUGGUGACGAUGCUGCAGAGCGAGACGAACUACGACCAGGGUGACAACAACCUCAUGGUUGUGCCCGCGCCGUGGACGGUGGAUGAGGCUGGGUGGGGAGACCCGACCUUUGCGCAUUGCGGUGCCGGGGAUAAGAGGUGCCGGAUGGGGCCUGCAAAUUAUUUCAACGGCGGGAAGGGUAUUCACACGUAUGCCUCGGCGAGCUGGGCCUUCUUCAGCGGGCCGGGCUACCAGGGGUGUGCUGGGACGUACGAGUGCCAGCGACACAUGCACUUUAUCAAGCAGAACCCUGUGGGAUUACAGGCGUUUGGCUUGUGUAGCAAGGAUGCGUAUGCUACCUUGAGGCUGGCGGACGGCACCGACAUUGUCACCUCGGAAGGAUUUACGGGAUCCUGGCCGGGUGGCGGUGGUGAUGUUGCGCGGUAUACCACUUAA